AUGUCUGAUCGGUACCCCCAAGGAGUCAACCUCUUCGACAUGGCCAAGGAGGGCACCAAGGUUCCCGAAGACGCAGGGAAGCCCAACGUGGUGCCAUCCGGGGAGGGCGCCAAGCCGAUCCGGAAGGAGCAGGAGAGCGUGGGCGGCCGCGGGGUGCAAGACAACACGCUGGGGAGCACCGCGCUGGGCGAGGUUGUCAGCGCGGCGGGAGGGGAGCUCCCCGAAGACGUCGGGCAGAAGUACAGCCGGAGCGGCGGCAUGCAGCACGGUGAACAUCACCGGGCGCCGCAUGGCGGUCGGAACAUGCCGUCGCAUUAA